AUGUUUCAUUAUUUCCAUCAGGAACCUUAGCUCUGCAGAUGUUGGACGUCAAGCCAUGCGCAAUACUCAAGGGCUAGUGGACUCACUUAUGCAUUAUAUCCAGCAGUGUGUGGCUGCUAAUUGUCCUGAUGACAAGUCUGUCGAGAACUGUGCUUGCAUUUUGCACAAUCUUUCUUACCAUUUGGACUCAGAAGUGCCCAAUAAAUAUUCACAACUUAAUGAACAAAUGUUGCGUAACCAGGAAACAGACAAGACAUCCACGGGCUGCUUCAGCAACAAAAGUGAAAAGAUACAGAAUAAUAAUUUUGAGUUACCACUUCCAGAAGAGGAUGCAAACCCAAAAGGAUCUGCACUGCUGUCUCACUCAAAUGCCAUUAGGACAUACCUGUCUCUGCUAUCACAGAGCCGGAAAGACUCCACAUUGGAAGCUUGUGCUGGAGCACUACAGAAUCUUACUGCUAGCAAAGGACCGAUGUCUAGUGGAAUGAGUCAAAUCAUUGGCUUGAAAGAGAAUGGACUUCCCCAAAUUUCACAUUUGCUUCAAUCUGGAAAUUCUGAUGUGGUUAAAACAGGAACUUCACUUCUUAGCAAUAUGUCUCGUCACCCAUCUCUUCACAAGAGCAUGGGUACGCAGGUGCUUCCGGACAUUUCUCGACUUUUGUCACAAAGUUCAGGAAAUACAACAAACUCAGAAGAUAUUCUCUCUUCUGCAUGUUAUACAAUGCGAAAUCUUAUAAUGGCCCAGCCACAACUGGCAAAGCAGAGCCUUUCUGGCAACUUGCUAGGAAAUUUGGUGAACAUGUGCAAAAAUGGAAGUUCACCUAAAGCUGCCGAAGCGGCUCGUCUUUUCCUGACAGACAUGUGGUCACAAAAGGAGUUGCAAGGAAUAUUAAAACAGCAAGGUCUAGACAAGAGCAUUAUGGGAUCCCUAGCAAGUUCUGCUCUCCGAAAUACAAUAACACGAGUGUUCUAACAUCACAUGCAAUCUAAAGUACAUUUUAGAUUCUCCCAUCCUAUUUACGAACCUAUCAAUAUA